AUGUUUGGAAUUGUUGGUUCUGUGUCAGUUUUCUUAUCGGCAUCUGCAAAACGUAAUAAUAUAUUGCAAAAUGCAAUUUCUAAUGAUAAUGACGAACCAAUUCCAAAAAAAAACAAAACUACGAGCUCUAUGUGCAACACGUUGGAAGAACUGGAGAAAGAUACAAACCAAGAAACAUCUGUUAAAGCUUCAAGUUUUAAUUCAAGUGUUAAAAAAAGUGAAUUUGUCGUAGCAUUAGAAACUGUGGCUAAUUUGUUCGUAUACACGAGGUCUUUAAGUAUACAAUUACAAAGUUCUAAACAGGAUCUAUCAAGUGCAAUGGAAAAUGUCAAAAAUGUUCUUAAUGUGUUUGAAGAUAUUCGUAAAAAUCCUGAUACAACAUUCAUUACCUUAUUUGAAAGUGCAGCUCAAAAAUUAAAACUAUUUGAUAAAGAAUUAAAAGUUUCUCGACUUAGUGGUCAUCAAACAAAAAGGAAUAACAUCAAUGUCAAUAUCAACCAAAAUCCUAUGGAGUGGUUUAAAAUAACAAUUUUUAUACCAUUUUUAGACCAUAUUAUUCAAGAAUUAAAAUCUAGUUUCAGUGAUAAAUUUGUUAAAGUUCUUCCACUUGAAGGUCUCAUUCCAAUUCAUAAAGACUCAUAUAGCACCGAAGCUAUAGUAAAUGCUGCAAUGUUGUAUGACCAAGAUUUACUUUCAAGUUCAGAUUUAGUAUUAAAAGCAGAAAUAAAUCUUCGGAAAACUAAAUGGAAUAACAUAGAAACAAAUAUCCCUCAUACUGCUGUUACAUCACUCCUGUACUGUGAAGAAUAUUUUCCUAACAUCAAAAUCUUAUUACAAUUAUUUGCUACGCUUCCAGUAUCCACAGCAACCGCUGAAAGGACAUUUUCUACCUUAAGGAGAUUAAAAAAUUAUAUGCGCUCUACAAUGACUGAGUCUAGACUAAAUGGUUUAGCUCUAUUAAAUAUUCAUAAAGAUAAACAUACAGGGUGUCCCACAGAGAUCUGA